AUGUCUAUGAGUAAAUUCAACGAAAUUAAAGAGGAAAAAUGUUUAAACGACAAUAAGAAUAUGAAUAAUAAUUCAUCUAAUGAUGAAGAGUAUGAUCUUAGUUUUAUGGACGAAUUUCGUUUUAUUGAUGGACGAAGGUUUCAUAACGAAAACUCCAGAUAUUGGUUUCCAAAUGACAAGAAAGAAGUAGAUAGAUUAAAUAUGCAACAUUAUUUAUUUAGAUAUGCUUGGCAAGGAAAUUUUUCUUCGCCAAUGGGAGAACGAUUGAGUAACGGUGGGGUGAGGGUACUGGAUGUAGGAUGUGGGUCAGGAUCCUGGAUUAUCGAUAUGGCGACAAAUUAUCCUAAUUCAACGUUUGUAGGCGUGGAUAUAUCCCCGAUAUUUCAAUCGUCAUUAAAGGAUCAUCCAGCUUUAACAAAUAUAGGAUUCAUAAAACAUAAUGUUUUGGAAGGACUUCCAUUUCCAGAAAAUACAUUUGAUUAUGUUUAUCAACGAUUUCUAUCAACUGCCUUCACUCCAUCUGAAUGGGUUCGUGAUAUUAACGAAUUGGUCAGAGUCACCAAUCCCAACGGUUGGAUUGAAUUAAUGGAAAUCAAAUUCUUUAUGGAAAAGAAAGGCCCCGCCACCAAAAGUCUAGCAGAAGCAUUUUUUUUAUUUGCUCGUUCCAGAAACGUAAGUUUAAAAAAUCGACCUGAUCUUAAAAAAAUAUUGGAAGACACAAAUCAAAUGACUGAUGUCAGGCGUAUAGAAAAAUGUACUCCAGUUGGUAAAUGGGGAGGCAGAGUAGGCGAACUUCUGGCCUUGAAUUUCGUUACAGUUAUAAGAUUGUUCAAAAAAUUCCUAAAUGUUUAUUUGAAAUUAAGCGAUGACCAAUUCGAAAAAUUAAUUGCUGAUCAUGAUGCUCAAGUUAAUGAAUAUAAAAGUUAUUUAGUAUCUUACAGAUAUAUUGGCAGAAAACUUUAA